AGCAAACUAACCAACAACACAAAAGCGAGAUGAAGCCAGACCGAGCGAGCGAGAGACUCCUCUUAUAGCUGAUAGUUUGUUUACCACUUAAACCGCCGGCCCUUACAAUUUUCGUAUAAAAAUGUCCUAAAAGGUCACACAAUGAAACGCAUUUUACAAACAUUAAAAGAAACAGACUAUUUACAAGGACGUUAUCUAAAUGAAAAUCGGGUUGCAGAUGUUAACCUGUUAAAAAAUGGUGAAAUAUUUAAAAAUCAACUAUUAAACCAUUGGAAGGGGUUGGUAUCAAACAACAAUCAGUGUGAUAUACGAGAAAUCAAAGCAUCAACAACCGGUAAUGGACGGUUGGCCUUUAUGCAGUCGAAAAACUUCAAGAAAAACUACCAAAAAUUGUUAGAUUCCACAAAUUUUAGACUUGGAUCAAUAAUACAGAAGAGCAUAUUAACAGAACCAGCAAUUGAGGAGAACGAGUGUUUAUUCCAACAAAAGUGCUCUCAUACCGUGCAAUUAAUCUCAGAUAAGUAUUUGCCGGCUUUUCAAGGCCUGGAAAACUUUUAUAGCAUACAAAGAGAACGUAAAAUAUGGUGGAUGCGUUUCUCGGCCGACCCCAGCCGUUAUUUGGUGGAACCUUAUGAUAUGUCAAAAGAAUUGGAAGACGGACAUUUUAGCAAGGACUCUCAAUCGGUAACUAUAAAAUCUAAUCUUUUUGAUAACACUGUGGAUAUGGAAACGAUUACUUUGGUGCGUUUGAAUGGCUUUAUGCAAAAGGAGUCAUCCACAGCCAUAGCUCUUAUCAGAUCUGUUAUAGAUAUGGGUUUAACAACUUGUGCCCUACUUUUUGAUGCUGGCAGCUACAAUGAUAGACCAAUAUUAAGAUUAAAUAAGAAAUUGGCACCAUAUCAAUGUGGCAUAGCAACAUUGUGUACAGAUGUCCGUAGUGGCGAUAUAGAUGAUCUAUGCCUACAUUUGAAAUAUGUGCUAAAGGGGGCAGGACUACGCUUGCAUGAACAGCCAUUGCAUGCUAAAUCAAAUAAUGAAAUUGAACUUUUGCUGACAAAAUCUGAUUGCCUUGGUAUACCAUACACAAUUAUAGUGGAAAAUGAUUCUUUAAAAACUGGCCUUUUAAAAUUGCGAAAUAGAGAUACUUCUUUGGCAGAGACAAUACAUAUCAGUGACCUUCCACUGUAUUUAAUAAAGAUUUGUAAAUAAUGAUAUAAAAAAUCCUUGUUCAUUGUAGCUGUUGGAAUUUAGCAUUAAGUUACCUCUGCAAAAAGCAAAAUAUCUGUAGUCUUUUGAAAGUUUUUCACAGCAAUACAUAUUGUUAUUUAAAUUAUUUAUUUUAGUAGUUGGUCUUUAACAUUCAGUUGCUACAAUUGUAGACAGAAAAAUUAUACAAAAAAAAGUAUUGGGAUCAAGAAUUUAAAGUCUAUGUACAUAAUCGGGCGGGUUCUGGGUUUCACUUUUCCCCUUAAAUCAAUUGCUUUUUAUCACGUUAAUAAAGUUUCAAAAUAUCCUAGAUUUUUUUACAUAAAACCAAAAAAGUAUCUUACAACAAAUAAAUAAUUUGGACUUUUUGUUUGCGUGAUAAUAACAAAUUGAAUUGAGGGGGAAAGUGAAACCCAGAACAUAUCCGAAUAUUGUCAGAACAUGUGUUAAUCAAAAUUGAUUUUAUAUUUCUUUGAACAGCUAGUCAUAUGGCAAAUAAUUUUGUAUGAAAUUAUCUAUAAUCAUUAUCUGAACCAUGCAGAUUGGUCAAUGGCUACAUACUUUUAGAUUAAAAAAAAGAACAAAAAAUUUGACUAGUCAAUGUGGCCUUGGCAUUUAUGCAAUGUGAUAAGCAAAAUUGAAGGCAAUAAAUAUUGAAUACUACUAUAA